UGGAAAAAAUAGCUCUCAUGCGACACUGCUGCCUAAUCCAAAGACACAUGUUUAAAACUCGAAUCAGGUGAGCGGGACCCACAGCAUGGGACCCACUAACUUAUCCAACUCAGCAUUGGUCAGGUGAGCGGGACCCACAGCGUGGGACCCACUAACUUAUCCAGGUCAGCAUUGGUACAAGAGGACACCGAGCCGUGCCCCGAGCCGUGCAGCACCCGAGCCCAUCCUCCCCCCUCCCCCUCCCCGACCGUUGUUGUUCUUUUUCUCCGGCGACGACGCGCAGCAACGCCGUUCCGGGCCGCGACCUAGCAAUGUCGAGCUCCGCUUCAGCCUCCCGCCGCUCAUGGCCGCGCUAUGGCGCAGUGCCCAUGACAAGAUGCCCUGCAUGCCAACGUAUCGCACCCCUGAAGCGGCUAGUCACAACGACCGACAAGAAUGGCAACCUUGGGCGGGAAUUCGUGAAAUGCGAGAGCAAACCAGAGCAGGGAAAGAAAUUGAAGCAAUGCACCCAUUUUGAGUGGCUAGAUGAGUACAUAGAGCGGAUUCAACUGGAGGGUGCAUCAGGGGAGCUCGAUUUACCGUUGGAGGCGGAGAAGUUGGGCAAGUUUGGAUCGGGCGCAUCUGGAUCCGGGGCCCCUGGAUCUGGCAAUUCCAUCGGGGGCGCCCGCCCUUCCAUUGGUGCUACUGUGGGGGAUGCAGGAGUGACGGCAGAGCUGAAGAAGCUGAACAAGCAGAUGAAGAAACUCAUCGAAUUGCAGAAGCAGGGCAAUUUGAUGGGGCUGAUGGCCGCAUUUUUUUAUGUUUGUGUAAUUGGUCUCGCAUUUGUUUAUGUGAUGAUAAUUAGUCGUAAGUGAAUAGAUUGGGCAUCAUUUGUAAUCGUAAUGAUAUGUACAUUUGAAUAAAAGUGUUGCGCUGUACGAAUUCGGCAUGUCUUCUUCA